CCUCUCGAGUGGUUCGAUGAUUUUGAUUACGAUCCAAUGUCCGCAGAGAGGUGGUUAUCUAUUGACAGCCUGCAAGGGUUUGCGCUGGUUUCAGCACUGGACGGUACCGAUAAAAAUUGGGCAUGGCGAUGUGUAGUUGUUGUUGAUUAUAGCAGUGAGCAGUACUUAUGGACGGUCAUGGACAAUGGCGACUCGUGGAACAUUCCUCGUUGGCGAUUAUAUUUAGUACAUGAAAAUCCAAGGAAUUUUUGCGAACGACUCAAAUCGGCUCUACGGCAACGGAGUUUAUCAGAGAAUUAUCUGAAGUAUUCGUAUCUUCUGCAUUCGAUGAACGUUGGAGAUUAUUUUGACUUAUCAGAGACUGCUAAAUACCGCAUACUAAAGCAAUCUAAUGUCAAAGUAGCGGAAGCAUUUGAAAACAUAUAUCGUCAGUUUUGCACUGGUUUGUCAUUGAACAAAUGUGUGCUGGAGUAUUCGAGAUUGAACAUCGAUCCGAUUCAAGCGAUGACCAUUGAUAAAACGAUUACUCCUCCGAAGGAUGAUUGUAGAAAACUGUAUUGUUACAAGAAGUUGUUUGUGCUCAUUAAGCGAAUAUGUUUACUCAGCCAUCCUGCCGUAUACGAUGCCCUAAAAAUGAUAAAUGCGGAAUGUGAGUUCCUGCAGCAGUUGUUAUUGUAUUCUCUUGAUUUUAAAGAACCUGUUCCAUUAGCUGAUUUUGAAAUAGCGAAUCAAGCUCAGCUAAGAAAAACUUUGCGAUAUCUUCAAAAUAAUUGGAUUGAGAAAACUACCAUGCAGGCCCAUACAAACUUACUGCUCGCUGGCAGAGGAUGGUUUGACGUUUCCGUAAACGACUGGACCAUAUAUCAGUUUAUGAAGCUUUUCCGACUGGUCGAACAAAUCAAACAAAGGAUGCAGACUGCGUUGCGUGACCUGGUUCUCACUUCAACUGACAGAUUUCGUCAUUGCAUUUGUGAUCCUAGCCGGCUAUGUCUUGCUGUCGAAGAAGAUUUUAGAUGGACGGAAAACCUCAUCGAUUCUCCUUUCGAAUCCGGAGAACCACCGGUGUUUUAUUUACUACUGCAGAUGGGUGGCGAAGCGCCAUUUUAUUCCACCGAUCCGGAUGAAUUUGAAUAUACUCUAAGGAGCUUGUUCGACGCGGCAGUAAUGCAAUCUCACGAUGUUCAUCUGAUUGAUCCCAGUCUGUUUGGAUCUUUAAUUUUUGCGACCGACUUGUAUUUAUCGUCAGUAGGAUUACAUGACUCAGUAAUAGAAAAAAGAAGGAAUAAUAUUCUUCUGUGUUGCCAAAAAGCUAUUAUUCCAUUGAAAACUUACGCACAUCGCUACAGUGAGUUCAAGGAGCUAUUUUUCACAAAUAUCGCUGAGUAUGUUAAGGAAAUUAAGGCUACUAAAACAUCCCUACAGGUAAAAGAAGAAAUCUCCUUCCAAAUACGAAUGCGAGAGAGUUUGGAAAGAACUCUUCCACUCAGCAUCGUCAUUGGCCCAUUUUGGGUCGAUGUUAGUCCUCUUCGAGAAGCGUUGAUUCAGAUGAGAAAAGAUCUUACUACGUCCAUACUGCAAAUGUUAACCGAACGGCUAAGAGACAAAACGUCGGAAAUUGUUUCGGAUUAUACGGAAAUUAUUGAUAAAAUUUGUGAAAAACCGACAUCGAUUGAGCAUAUUUGUGAGAUCCGUGAAUUUAUGGAGGGUAUUCAGGACUUGCUACAGAUACUCGAAGAGCGUAUGAAGACUGUAUUGUUCGAAUAUGAGAUUUUGGAUUACUUUCGUUACGCUUUGCCGGAUGCAGAUUUUUAUCAAAAGUGGCAUGCAUUGGCUUUUCCGCAAAAGAUUUUGAAGCAAAUGGAUUCCGUGUAUGAAUUUCAUGAAGGAGAAGUGGAUAAAUUUAGAAAGCAGCAAGUCAGCGAUGAGGCUGGAUUCGGAAGCAGAGUUGAAGAAAUUAACGUUUAUAUUUCAAAGUUUACAACCGUGUAUGAUACCAGCAAGGUAACGGAAGUGUCGAUUGAAGUUAAGAAGCUAUGGAAAAAUAUUAAUGAGUUGAUCUUGUAUGGAGAAACCCUUAACAGACGCCAGGAGCUUUUUGAGAUGCCACCGAUUGAUUUGUCUAGUUUGUUUGAACUGAAAGAAAAUUUCGAGGCGUACAGAAACCUUUGGUCAUACGCUGCAGAAUACAUUAAUGCGGAGGAAAGUUGGCGUGAAAAUCCUUUAUCCAGCGUAGAAGUCGAGUCAGUCAGCAAAACAUUGCAGCACUAUCAAGAAUCUUUUGAAGGAUUGUACAAUUGUUUCGAAGAUCAACCGCAAAUUCAAGAUGUUGUUCAAAUGUUUCUUGCGAGAGUCGAAUCAUUUGCACCCAACUUAACCAUAAUCGGUCUCCUGCAGCAUCCCCUACUAGAACCAAUCCAUUGGGCGCAGUUUGCAAAAGCUGCUAGGAUCAAAGGAAAGGUUUCACUGACCACGAAUUUCGAACUGUUUCUGGAGUACCAUAUCGGUGAUUACUUGGAAGCCCUAAGCAGCAUCAUAGCUGAAGCCGAACAGCAAAAAGAGGAAACGGAACGAAUUCGAGCUGAGGAGGAAGAAAAUACCCGCCGACGGGAACAGUAUGAGCGAAACCGAGCCCAAAGAAGAUUAAAUAGACCAGAGAUUUGA